CUUUGCGCUUCAUUCAAACAUCUCUCUCUCUCUCUCUCUCUCUCACGAGCUUCAUCAUGAGCAUGUCAAUGGCCGCAACUUCACCUCACACCUAUCUCAAAACCACCACCAACAACCUCUUCAACAACCACCCCACCACCACCACCACCACCACCUUCCGCUCCACCACCUCCUUCAAACCCAUCUCCAUCAAAUGCGCCACCCAGUUAGAGCCCCACCCGACCCACCAAACCCAAUCCUCAGAUCGGGUCUUCAACUUCGCCGCCGGCCCCGCCACCCUCCCGGAGAACGUCCUCCUCAAGGCCCAGUCGGAGCUCUACAACUGGCGUGGAUCCGGCAUGAGCGUCAUGGAGAUGAGCCACAGAGGAAAAGAGUUUCUCUCCAUAAUCCAAAAAGCUGAAUCGGAUCUGCGUACCCUCUUGCAGAUCCCGCCGGAAUAUUCCGUCCUCUUCCUCCAGGGCGGCGCUACCUCCCAAUUCGCCGCCGUGCCGCUCAACCUCUGCGCCGCUAACGACGCCGUGGAUUACAUCGUUACCGGGUCGUGGGGUGACAAGGCCUUCAAGGAGGCUCAGAAGUAUUCCAAACCCAAGGUGAUUUGGUCUGGGAAAUCUGAGAAAUACACAAAGAUUCCAUGUUUUGAUGAAUUGGAACAGAACCCAGAUGCUAGGUUUUUGCAUAUUUGUGCCAAUGAGACAAUUCAUGGGGUUGAGUUUAAGGAUUAUCCUACUCCUAAGAAUGCAAGUGGGAUCUUGGUUGGUGACAUGUCUUCAAAUUUUUGCUCCAAGCCUGUGGAUGUGUCUAGAUUUGGUGUUAUCUAUGCUGGGGCCCAGAAGAAUGUUGGGCCAUCUGGUGUCACCAUUGUGAUCAUCAGGAAGGAUUUGAUUGGGAAUGCUCAGGGUGUGACUCCUGUGAUGUUUGAUUACAAGAUUCAUGAUGACAACAAUUCCCUUUACAAUACCCCUCCUUGUUAUGGGAUUUACAUGUGUGGUUUGGUGUUUGAGGACUUGUUGGAGCAAGGGGGUUUGAAGGAGGUUGAGAAGAAGAAUAAGAAGAAAGGUGAGCUUCUCUACAAUGCAAUUGAUGAGAGCAGUGGUUUUUAUAGGUGCCCUGUGGAGAAGUCUGUGAGGUCUUUGAUGAAUGUGCCAUUCACUUUGGAGAAGGCAGAGUUGGAGGCAGAGUUCAUCAAGGAGGCUGCUAAGGAAAAGAUGGUCCAGCUCAAGGGGCAUAGGUCUGUGGGUGGCAUGAGAGCUUCCAUUUACAAUGCCAUGCCUUUGGCUGGAGUUGAGAAGUUGGUGGCUUUCAUGAAGGAUUUCCAGGCCAAGCACGCCUAGUUCCGCACGCUAUUUGAAUGUUUGGAUCAGCUUUUGUUUUCUUGAAAUCAAUUCUAAUAUCUAGAAGCUACUUACAUAAACUUCUUCUUAGAAUUGAUUCUGGCUUUAGAAUCAAUUGUAGGAGGAUUUUCAAACACACACUAUGUCUGCUUGAUUGCAUGAAACCUAGUGCAUUGAACUAUUACACUAGCUUUUAUUGUGUCACCAUAAUUCAAUAGUCUGUGACUCUGGGUCAGUUUUUGCUUUCUUUAGUUUUGUUGCCUGUCUCCUUUUUUCACAUUUUAUUCCCAUGUUUGAUAUUCAAAUUGGGUUGCACUCUUUACCAUUGUCGACUAGACUAGAAGUGAAGUAGUUUAGGUUCUAGUUAUUGAUAUAUCUCUAUGCCUCAAGUUUGUAUGGAUUGAACUUUGAACUACUGUGGUAAAUUCUGCACAAACUAGAAAUAGCUUGGCAUACACUAGUAAGGUUGGAGGAAGGACAUGUAUUCUGUGUAAGCCUGUAAGGUAUGCAUUGAAUCAAUAAGAAUUUUCAGUGGACUUGA